UGUCUCUAGUCUUUGGUUAUAAUUUUUUUAGGUUAUAUUUGUGAUAAUAAUUUAAAUCAUUAAUCAUUAAUUAUUAAAUAAAACUGGAUAUAACUCCAUUUUAAUUAAAAUGACAUUUAAUGUAGGAUUUAUUGGAGGUGGAAAUAUGUCCACAGCUAUUGCCAAAGGAAUAUUAAAAAAUGAUAACCAUCCAGUGUCAAAAAUAUGGGUAUCAGGACCUAGAUUGCAUAGCCUCCAACAGUGGAAAGAAUGGGGUGCCAAUGUUACAACUAAGAACAGUGAACUGAUUUUACAAUGUGAGGUUGUCUUCAUUGGUGUAAAACCUGGUGUUUUAAAUGAAGUUAUUACAGAGUGUCUAUCAACUAUUAAGCCUAUUACAAAAAAUGUAUUAUUUAUAUCAAUGUUAGCUGGUACUACAAUUGAACAACUGCAUAAGGCUCUGGAACAGUUACCAUUGCAAAUACAAGUGAUGAGAAUAUUCCCCAACACACCAAUGGCAGUUGGGGCUGGAUCCUGUUUGUACUCCGGAGACAGUAGCGUAACACAGGAAGAGUGUACACUGUUGGAAAAAUUAUUACGAGGCUGUGGAGUGUUGGAGCAUGUGCCAGAGAAACUCAUGAACACCUUGGGUGUACUCACAGGAUGUGGCCCAGCUUUUAUGUACAUGGUAAUAGAGGCGCUAGCAGACGGCGCAGUAAAGCAAGGCGUGCCGCGUGCGAUGGCGCUGAGACACGCUGCGCAGAUGGUGGCGGGCAGCGGACAGAUGGUGCUGCAGAGCGGCAAGCAUCCCGGCGUGUUGAAGGACGAGGUCUGCUCUCCCGGGGGCUGCACUAUUUGUGGCGUCACUGCUCUUGAGAAUGGGAAACUGAGAGCCACAAUGAUCAAUGCUAUCGAAGCGGCUGCAUCAAAAACAAAAGAUAUGGAAAAGAAGUAAAUCUACACAUUCAGCACAUUUAAUUUUAUUAUUUUAUUUUAUUCUUUUUUUUUUACUUUCAAAAGUCAA